AGCAAGCCAGAUUAAAGGAAAAUCAAAAGUGCCCGAGUUUUUAAGCGAAGUAGAAGCUAUCCGCGUCGGUUCAAGAUUUUCUCGGUGAAAAUCCAAUAAUUUUCGCGACCAAAGUAAGCGGUGCCGUUCGUUUUUUGAUUCGGGAGUGAGAAGUGUCAAAUCCAGUGGAAUUUCAGUGAAUUUUCGAGCUACAGGCUGUAAAAUUUCGGAAAGUUUUCCAGGGUCCGGUGCUAGCAUCCAAAGUAUAAAAGGAUUAAUACGUUAACAGUACUACAGGUCAUCUUCUACCACUUCGUCUCCGAGUAGAUCCAACAGCAAAUCCCGCAACAGCAAAAUGAGCGACCGUAAGGCAGUAAUCAAAAAUGCCGAUAUGGGCGAGGAGAUGCAACAGGACGCCGUUGAUUGUGCGACGCAGGCCCUGGAAAAGUACAACAUCGAAAAGGAUAUUGCCGCAUAUAUCAAAAAAGAAUUCGACAAAAGGUACAACCCCACUUGGCAUUGCAUCGUUGGCCGGAAUUUCGGCUCCUACGUGACGCACGAAACGCGCCACUUCAUCUACUUUUAUCUGGGACAGGUGGCCAUUCUUUUAUUUAAGAGCGGUUAAGUUGUAGCAGCAAGUUGCCGGAGGCGCGCGAUUCGUGGAGUGUAUACUGAAGGAUGAGCAGCAGCAAACGCGGCGCAGCAGGAAACACAUUCUAUUUACUAUUACUUCUACUAUUAAUAAAUUACAAUUAUAACAUUGCCCAACCAAACACAACAAUUGCAACAAGAACCAGUCCGGACAGCAAUGAAUGCAGCUGAGUCCGAGAACGCGCUAUUUUUGUGAUAUCCGCGAGCUGUGUGAGAGCAAGCGCGUUCUCCAGAAAAAAAUAAAACAAAACCUGGCAAACCACGAGACAGGAAGUCCUACUAUAGUUUUGAAAGAGAAGUUCGAAUCUUAUAGCUAUUAAAUCUCCGGGACAUAUAUAGAUGAAGAAACGCGAAAAAGAAAAAUCAAUUGUAGACGCUAACUUUUUUGUUCGAAGCUGAGCGUAUUAGGACAUUAUGUAAUAGAACAAAGAGAUAGUAGAUAAUGGAUAAUUUGAUUCCAAGCAAAAUUUUGAAUUGUAAUUAUUUGGAUAUAUCUUGAUUAGCGCAAAUGAGUUGAAAAUUGUUUUGUUUGUAACGAUACCUACAAAUUAAAUUUGCUGCGUUGAAUUGUAUGCGUUGGUUUCUUUUUGUGUAUUAUUCAAAAGGAAUUUUAAUGAUCUUAAGUUUUCUUAUGGAAAACAAUGAUAUAAUAUAAAUAAAUUAUGAUAGAUAAACAUGAAAAAUCCCCAAAUA